AUGCGAGGUCGUCAUCGCGGAAACACUGGACGAGUAAUCCGUUGUUACCGUAAGAAGUUCGUUAUCCAUGUUGACAAGAUCACCCGUGAGAAAGGAAACGGAUCUACUGUGCACAUCGGAAUCCACCCUUCGAAGGUCGCCCUCACGAAGCUGAAGCUAGACAAGGAUCGUCGUGAUCUCGUCGAAAGGAAAGCUGCCGGACGUGCCAAGGCACUCGGAAUACUCAAGGGAAAGCACACCGAUGAAAGCGUUGCUUAA